AAAAUGUGAGGGGUGUACUCACUUUUUUGAGAUACUGUAUGUGUGUGUGUGUGUGUGUGUGUAUUAUAAGUGUAAUUUCCUCUGGAGUACGUGACGUCCCACAUGCAGGUUCUCAUGUAAUGGAUUGUGAUGAAAGUAAGUAUGAAGUAAAUCAUUAACUGAACAGGAAUCCACUCUACACCUGGUGGCCAGAAAAUAAGGAACUUCUGAAAAGUUACCAUAUCACACAAAUAGAAAAUCUGCGUGUUUAAAACUCUCACUUUUUUAUUUCAUUUAAAUGUAAUUCUGAAUUUAAAUGUAAUUUCUCUUGUUUUUCGCCAUUGGUGCAUUUUAUUGCCCUUUUUCCUGGUCAUGGGACAUAGGACACUGACCUUUGAGACACAGAUUUCUUGUAGCACGUAAUGAAGAUGGCUUUAAACACAGAAGGGACGACGUAAGAAACUGAAAUUGUGAGUAACUACAUUUUUUAUGUUUGGUUUGGAUAUCAGCUCUUUAAUCAGCUACAACAGUCUUCAUUCUAGCCAUUGUAAUGACGGCACGGUUUGUUGGCUUUCUUUCAGUUAAUUACAGAAAAGUGGUACCACUUCUAUCAUUUAAUCAGGCUUCAUUUGUGUUUUGUUUAAAGAUUUGUGUUUUGUUUAUAGAUUUGUUGCCCCGAGGUUCAGACACAGAUUUUAAACAUGACUUCAUCUCCAACUUCACACGAGAAUAAAAGACUGGCUGAUAAAGUAAGUGCGGCUGUACGCUGUGGUGUGUACCUGAAGCGGGACUGGUCUAAAGAGCAACCUCUUGGCCUUUCAAUGGAAGACUCUUCUAGUCCUACAAUAUCCCCAGAACCCAGCAUGGUGUCCAUGAAGAGCGGCAGGUCUAGAGAGCAACCAGUUUGUUUCCAGAAGGAACCAGGUUCCAUUACCAGGUUAAGCUCACCAGAACCCAGCUGCAUGUCCAUGAAGAGCAACAGGUCUCUAGAGCAACCGGAUGUUUUCCAAAAUGAAGGCUCUGCUACAUGUUGGAGUGAUAAAAGCAGAAUAGCAGAGGAGUUGCGUGAAAAGCGCUCUGACAUUUUUAAGGAGAUCGAGCAUAAGGUCAUCACUCUAAUAAAGGAAGAGUUGACGAGGUUCAGGAAGCUGUUGAGUCCAUCUUCCCCAGUGUCCCCUGAGAGGGGGGUGAAGGACAAUGAGGAACAGAACAGCAUCCAGGAGGCAGUACUGAAGAUCACACUGCAUGUUCUCAGGAACAUGAAUCUUUAUGACCUUGCUACCACACUACAGAACAAAGUGAUCCCCAUGUGCCAGAAGAAACUUAAAUGUACCCUGAGGAGAAAAUUUAAGCGCAUCAGUGAAGGACUUUCAAAACAUGGAAACUCCAAGCUUCUCACCGAGAUCUUCACAGAGCUCUACGUCACAGAAGGUGACAGCGGAAAGAUAAACAAUGAACAUGAAGUGAGACAGAUUGAGGCCAAAGCUGUGAAACCGGGAAGUGAAGACGUACAGAUCAAAUGCAGUGACCUCUUUAAACCCUCGGCCGGAUCGAACGCAUCUGUCAGGACCGUGCUGACCAAAGGAGUUGCCGGAAUCGGAAAGACCAUCUCGGUGCAGAAGUUCAUUGUGGACUGGGCCGAAGGAAACGAGAACGAGGACAUCCACUUCAUAUUUCCGCUUCCUUUUAGGGAACUGAAUUUGAUGAAGGAGGAAAAGCUGAGCUUGAUGGACCUUCUUUAUCACUUUUUUCCAGAAACGUCAGAUUUACAUGAUUAUGGAGCGUACAAAGUUCUGUUUAUCUUCGACGGUCUGGAUGAGACUCGUCUUCCAUUGGAUUUUCAGAACAAUGCGAUCUUGAAGGACGGAUCAGAACCCACCUCGCUGGAUGUGUUGUUGACAAAUCUGAUCAUGGGGAAUCUACUUCCUUCUGCUCUCCUCUGGAUAACAUCUCGACCUGCAGCAGCCCAUCAAAUUCCUCCAGACCGCAUCGACCGGGUCACAGAAGUACGGGGGUUCAGCGACGCUCAAAAAGAGGAGUACUUCAGGAAGAGGAUCUGUGACCCAGGCCUGGCCAACAGGAUCAUCACACACCUGAGGUCCACAAGGAGCCUGUACAUCAUGUGCCACAUCCCAGUCUUCUGCUGGAUUACAGCAACGGUUCUAGAGCGAAUGUUGACUGAGGCAGGGAGCAAAGAAAUCCCGAAGACUUUGACACAGAUGUUCAUAUACUUUCUGAUCUUUCAGACUAAACACCGACUUCAAAGGUACGGAGAGAACACUGAAAUAGGUUUCCGUCAAACCCAAGACAGAAUCGUUGCUUUAGGAAAACUUGCUUUGCAGCAGCUGAAACGAGGCAACCUGAUCUUCUAUGAGGACGACCUGAUGGAUUGUGGCAUAGACAUCAGAGAAGUCUCCGUGUACUCGGGAAUGUGCACAGAAAUCUUCAGGGAGGAGUCUGGACUCUACCUGGGGAAGGUGUACUGCUUUGUGCAUCUCAGCGUCCAGGAGUUUCUUGCUGCUUUAUACGUCUUUAUCUCUUUCACCAACACCGAACGCUCAGAAGUUGCCAAGAACUCAGCCUUGACUGACAUACUCAAAAAAGCCGUGGACAAGGCCUUACACAGUAAGAACGGACAUCUGGACCUCUUCCUUCGCUUUCUUCUUGGUAUCUCGCUGGAUUCGAAUCAGGCUCUCCUCCGUGGUUUGAUAACGCCAUCAGAGAGCUCUCGUAGCACAGAGGAAACCAUCACGUACAUCAAAGAGAAGAUCAGAGAGAAUCCCUCUCCGGACAAAUCCAUCAAUCUGUUCCACUGUCUGAAUGAACUGAAUGAUCGGUCUCUGGUCGAGGAAGUCCAGAUGUACUUGAACCGAAAAUGUCUCAAACGUCUGACUGGAGCCAGGUUCUCUCCGGCACAGUGGUCAGCUCUGGUCUUUGUGUUGUUAAACUCGGAAGGAAAGCUGGAGGAGAUUAAUCUUAAUGAUUAUGAGAGAUCAGAGACAUGUUUCCUGAAGCUGCUGCCGGUCAUCCAAGCAUCCAGAAAAGCUGUUCUGUGUUGGUGUCAGCUCACAUUGACGAGCUGUAAAGAACUAGCCUCCGUUCUUGGCUCUACCUCCUCAAAUCUGAGAGAGCUUGACCUGAGCAACAACCACCUCUAUGACGCAGGAGUCAAUCUGAUCUCCAAAGCUCUGAAGAAUCCAAACUGUAAACUGGAGAGUCUCAGGCUGUGUGGUUGUAACAUUACGGAGAAAAGCUGUGGACUUCUGGCGUCUGCUUUCGACUCCAGCUGUUCAAGUUUGCGAAAAUUGAAUCUGAGCAACAAUAUCUUGAAGGAUUCAGGAAUCAAGAUGCUGUGUGGAGCACUGGACAGUCCAAACUGCAAACUGGAGAGCUUAAAGUUGAGCUGCUGUACCCUCACAGAUCUGAGCUGUACCUUCCUGGCUUCCGCUUUCAGCUCAAACCAGUCGUGUCUCCAAGAACUGAACCUCAGCAACAAUACGCUCCAGGAUUCAGGAGUGAGGAUGCUUUGUGCCGUGUUGGAGAUCACAGACUGUAAACUGGAGGUGCUGAAGCUCCGAGCUUGCGGUCUCACCGGGAAAAGCUGUUUGGCCCUGAGCGCCGUUCUGACCUCAGCUUUGUCCAGAAUACAAGUGCUGGAUCUGAGUAACAACAAUCUGCAGGAUUCAGUGAUCAAGAUGGUGUCUGCUGCCGAGAUGAAUCCACACAGCAGACUGCAGACACUGAGGCUGCCCGGCUGCAGUGUCACCCAGAGAAGCUGUUUGGCUUUGGCUAUUCUGCUCAGCUCAAAACUGACAGAAGUGGACCUGGGUAGAAACACGCUGAGCGAUUCAGGGGUGAAGCUGCUCUCCGAGGGAAUGAAGAAUUCACCCUGCAAACUCCAGAUACUCAGGUUGAGUGAUUGUGGGAUCACAGAGUCAGGCUGCUCCACUCUGUCUUUAGUCCUGAGCUCAAACCCAUCACACUUAAGGGAGCUGGAUCUGAGCGGUAAUAAAAUAAGAGACUCGGGAGUGAAGCUGCUUUCUGAUUAUCUGGGAGAUCCGCAGUGUGCGUUAAAGAAACUCGGACUGUUUAACUGCGGGCUCACAGGUAAAAGCUGCUCUGCUCUGGUGUCAGCGCUGAUGUCGAACCCGUUGCAUCUCAGAGAGCUGAACCUGGGUGGGAAUGAUCUGACCCAUUCAGCACUGAGUCUGCUGUUUGCUUUAGUGCAGGAUCCGUUCUGUGCCUUGGAGAAAUUAGACGCUGGGUUACAGCACGUGAUCUGCUGAGGUUCUCCCGCUGAAAUGGAUGAUGAAAUGUUCCUCCUUAUUCCAGCAACCGAGCAAGGCUUCAACGAACUGCCCACAUUUAAAUGCUAACUGAUGACCAGUGAGUUGGAGAAGGUUUGCUUUGACAUGCUUUUUAUCUUCUCUUUUUUUUGCACUAAAAAACUGUCUAUAUUUCCAGCAUUUAUUCCAAUGUUCCUUAAUCUUCCACUAGAGGGCACAAGAUAUGUGGCUAAAACUGACUUGAUAUAUAUAUAUAAAUAAAUAAAUAAAUAAAUAAAUAAAUAAAUAAAUAAAUAAAUAAAUAAAUAAGGAAACACAUGCUGUCUUUGAAUUUGGUCAUUAUGAUGCUAGUGUGUUUUUCACCACAACACAAAAAGAUAUUUUUCAAACAAAAACCUUUUUUUUUUUUUUUUUUUUUUUAAGUGUAAGGAAAAUCAAUGAAUCUUGCUUUUAUUUAUUUAGCAUGUUUUCCUGCUCACAGAAUCCUGAGCAGCUCGGACGAUUUCCUCAGUGAUAAAACGAUGGAUUCUGAAAAGACUUUCUGAUUUUUUUCCCCCAUUUGUGUCGUAUUUUCUUAUCGCAGAGAUGAUAUGUUUUCUAACCGAGAUUGUGUUCUGUCAUCUUUUGUUCUGGUUUCUGUACAUAGGGUCUGUUCAAUGAAGCGAUGUUCUCUGUAAAUAAAUCAAUGAAUGAAACUGGCUUUGUGGCUCAGUCGCUAACUUUUGUCUGUCCCGGCUUCUGGUUCGAGAGCAGGAUGUAAUACACACUGUAUUGUUCGGAGUUAAACACACA